AUGGGAAUCAUGGAACCCGAAGCAGAACUCGAGCAUAUUUUCUCACCAAAGCUUCCAUUGUUUUCAGUCCCUCUCAUGCACUCGCCACAGCAUUCUGAAAUGCUAACGCUGUCACCACCCUACAGCUUGGCUUCUGUUCCAUUCCGGUGGGAAGAAGAGCCUGGUAAGCCACGACCCUGCACCACCACCGCCGCCGCCAGAAUCAUCACCGUCCAUCCCAACAAAAAUGGAAAUAGACCCAAGCGCUUAAAGCUGCCUCCAAGGGUGCUGGCUGGUGCCAAGAUUAGUAAGCCCUGCUCUCCCACCACCGUCCUGGACGGUCCUGACGUGGACAAAACUGUAUUCUCUUCGACUUCUUUCAGAUUUAUGACAAAGCUUGAGGGUACUUUUGACAGCAGCAGUUCGAGUCCUGCAGAGACUCAGAGAGAGCAGCUUUGGACAAUGGUUCUUCGCAAGAGAAGGAAUAAGAUGAUGAGAGGGUUUCAAAAGAACCGUAAAGUCAAGCAUAAAGACGGUACUGGACGCUAUUUUACCUAUUCAUGUUAUGGUAAAAAGAAAGUUGACGGAGGUUGCUUUGUCUUUCCAUCUUCCAUGGAUGUAGCAGAUUGCAGUGAAGGUAAAAAUGGCGGUACAAGGACGAAGAUGGCGAGGAUUAUAGGGAAUGGAAAGUUUUCCACUCUCUCUCAGACGAAGGCUCAAUUCUGGGCAAGUUCUCUUUUCGUAUGCGCUAUUCAACAUUUCUAUUCCAUACACAGUGCUAGGCAAUACUAUCCAAAAGCCCAGGAGGGUGUAUACCAGGUCUUUAAGAAAGCCAUUUCAUGGAGUAGAAAAUUGAACAAACAUGGCCAAGUCCAGACUCUAAAGAGAAAGAGAGAGAUGGGAAUCAUAGGACAGGUAGCAGAACUCGAGUCUAUGUUCUCACCAAAGCUUCCAUUGUUCUCAGUCCCACACAUGCACUCGCCUGAACACUCUGGGAUGCUAACACUAUCACCACUCUACAGCUUAGCUUCGGUUCCAUUCCUGUGGGAAGAAGAGCCUGGUAAGCCACGUCUAUCCACCACCUUCACCAGUGUCCGUCCCAACAAAAGUGGAAAUAAACCCAAGUCCUUAAAGCUACCUCCAAUGCUGUUGGUUGAGUCCAAGAUUGCUAAGACGCCCUCACGCACCACUGUCCUGGACUCUCCUGAUGUGGACAGAACUAUAAUCUCUUCAGCUUCAUUCAGAAUUACAAGAAAGCUUAAGGGGUCUUUUCACAGUAGUAGUUGGAGUCCUCUUAGAUUCUUUGGUUCUCGGGGGCUAAAGAACCCUAAAGUCAAGGGUGAAGAUGGUUUUGGAGGUAAUUUUUCUUAUUUACGUUUGGGUAAAAAGCAAGUUGGUGGAGAUCGUGAUGAUGGUGAGAGUGGCGACGGUGUAAGGAUGAAGAUGGAGAGGAUUAUAAGAAAUGGAAGCUUUUCCACUCUCUCUCAAGCAAAGUCUCAGUUCUUGGAAGCUAUAUAUGAGGUUUUUGAGAUGGCCAUUUCAUGGAGUAGAAGAUUGAACAAAGGCUCGUAUAAAACUUCUUCGCUGUUUUGGCGUCGUCAAGUCCACAAAUCUGCCAGGGCUCUUCUUUACUAUGGGGCCUAUGAGCAGUCCCCUUGA